CCAGGAAUCAGUCUGGUGAACCUUCUCUGCGCUCCCUCUAUGGCAAGAAUGUCUCUCCUCAGAUUAGGAGACCAAAACUGUACGCAAUACUCCAGGUGUGGUCUCACCAAGACCCUGUACAACUGCAGUAGAACCUCCCUGCUCCUAUACUCAAAUCCUUUUGCGAUGAAUGCUAACAUACCAUUCGCUCUUAUCUCUGGACUUACGCCCGGCAUUUUGUUUCAGACCGUGGUGAAUCUAAUCGAACGUCGGGAACACGAGACACGGGAGAACAAACGUCUACUGGAGAAGUCCCAGCGAAUCGAGGCCAUCAUGGCCUCCAUGCAGGCGACGGGCGCAGAGGAGCUACAGCUGCAGGAGAUCGAGGAGAUGAUCACUGCCCCCGAGCAGCAGCAGCUGGAGAGCCUCAAACACAAUGUCAACAUGUUGGAUUCGAGUGAGAAUCAGGUGGACGAGACGAUAUUUAUACUGGAGUCCUACAUCGCUACAACUCGGAUUGAAAAGGAACAGCCGCAGAAGCGAUGAGAAGCAGUCCACUCCGUAUCCCCAUCGUCGGUGGGCCACAGACCAGCCUAGAGAUUGGACGGAGGGCCCCAAAUGUACGAGCUAAAUUAAAAAAAUGUUUCUUUAUAAA